GUGGCCUUAUCCUCUCUUUACACUCUUGCGCCCUAUCCCCUGUGAAGUGAAGUACAUUCUCGCUGUCCCCGCUGUUUCUUCCAUCUUUUGCUUCCUUCACACCGAGUCUCCCCUUCUCCGGUUCUUAGAAUUUGAGUGAAUACUUGCUGGUUCCUAGAUAUUCAAGUGACCAACCCCUUUUGUUUUCAAGAGACAAUGUCUUCUGUAAUAGGCGUUUCGUCUAUAUACCAGACUCCGUCUCUGGAGCUAUAUAAAAGAGCUACAACAACAACGGGUGCUACCACCUCCCUUUCGUUCCAAUGUUCUGACAACAAGUCCCACUUUAACAACGUUCUGAGAGCUCACCUCAGUAACAAUGGUAGCGGAAAUUUCAAGAGUGGGGCUAAACCUAGAGCUAGCUUUGUUCCUUCUUCGAUUGCCACGCCCAAUUCUUCCGUUCUGAGUGAAGAAGCGUUCAAGGGCCUAGGUCGGGGUUUUUCCGACAAAGAACCUCUGGAUGAUGCUACUGAAAACGAUGACUAUGGCUAUGACUCUGAAACCGAGGCUUCUUUAGCUGUUGGCAACGAGGAGGAGCUCGACAUUUCCAAGCUGGGCUUGCCUUCGCGCCUUGUGGAAUCACUCCAGCAACGUGGGAUCAAUCAUCUUUUCCCCAUUCAGAGAGCUGUUUUGGUGCCGGCCCUCCAAGGUCGAGAUCUUAUUGCCCGAGCGAAGACUGGGACUGGAAAGACACUAGCAUUUGGGAUUCCAAUUAUUAGAGGGCUCACUGACGAUGAACAAAGAAUCUCCCUGAGACGAUCUGGUCGUUUGCCCAAAGUAUUGGUCCUUGCACCCACCAGGGAACUAGCAAAGCAAGUGGAGAAAGAGAUAAAAGAAUCUGCACCCUAUUUGAGCACAGUUUGUGUUUAUGGGGGCGUUUCUUAUGUUACACAACAAAAUGCACUUUCUCGUGGUGUUGAUGUAGUGGUUGGAACACCUGGUAGAAUAAUUGACCUAAUAAAUGGGAACAGUCUUAAACUGAGUGAAGUGAAGUAUUUGGUCCUUGAUGAGGCCGAUCAGAUGCUUGCUGUUGGGUUCGAGGAGGAUGUAGAAGUAAUUUUAGAGAAAUUACCAUCUGAACGGCAGAGCAUGCUUUUUUCUGCAACCAUGCCUGGCUGGGUGAAGAAACUUGCCAAGAAAUAUUUACACGAUCCGUUGACAAUUGAUUUGGUUGGUGAAGAAGAGGAAAAACUUGCGGAAGGGAUCAAACUUUAUGCAAUAUCAGCCACUGCUACUUCAAAGCGGACAAUGCUUUCUGAUCUCAUAACUGUUUAUGCAAAGGGUGGAAAGACUAUUGUUUUUACCCAGACAAAAAGAGAUGCUGAUGAAGUAUCAUUGGCAUUGACAAAUAGCAUACCUUCUGAGGCACUGCAUGGCGAUAUAUCUCAGCAUCAGAGAGAGAGAACAUUGAAUGGCUUUCGGCAAGGGAAAUUCACGGUUCUUGUUGCCACUGAUGUGGCAGCACGUGGACUUGAUAUUCCUAAUGUUGAUCUGAUUAUUCACUAUGAACUUCCGAAUGACCCUGAGACGUUUGUACAUCGCUCUGGUCGUACUGGGCGUGCUGGAAAGGAAGGUACUGCGCUUUUGAUGUACACCAGUAGCCAGAGGAGAACAGUUAGAUCUCUUGAGCGUGAUGUAGGCUGUAAAUUCGAAUUUAUUACACCACCAGCUAUAGGUGAUGUUUUGGAAUCAUCAGCUGACCAAGUGGUUGCCACACUUAAUAGAGUUCAUCCUGAAUCCAUUGAGUUUUUCACCCCAACUGCACAAAAAUUGAUUGAGGAACAAGGAACAAGUGCCCUUGCAGCUGCACUCGCACAUCUGAGUGGAUUUUCAAAACCUCCCUCAUCACGGUCUCUUAUCAAUCAUGAGCAGGGAUGGGUUACAUUACAACUGACUCGAGAUCAAGGAGAUUCUAGAAGGUUUUUUUCUGCAAGAUCAGUCACUGGGUUUCUUUCUGAUGUCUAUUCUCCAGCUGCUGAUGAAGUUGGAAAAAUACAUAUAAUUGCAGACGAAAGGGUUCAAGGGGCUGUUUUCGAUCUUCCAGAGGAGAUUGCAAAGGAGUUACUGAACAAGGAAAUACCACCUGGCAACACUAUUUCUAAGAUCACUAAGUUGCCUCCUUUGCAAGAUGAUGGGCCACCAAGUGAUUUCUAUGGGAAGUUUUCUGACAGAGAUCGUAGAGGUUCUAGGGAUCGGAGAGGUUUUAAAACCUCACGGAGAGAAGGGGGCUUUGAUUCUGAUGAUGAAUUUGGUGAUUCAUAUAGAAGAGGCGGUCGAAGUUUUAGAACCAGCAAUAGCUGGUCUCAAAAGUCAAGAAACAGUGGAAGCUUUGAUGAAUUGUUUGAUUCAAAUAGGAAAGGUGGUCGAAGUUAUAGAAAUGGCAAUAGCUGGUCUCAAAAGGCAAGAAGCAACGAGGAUGAUUGGCUAAUUGGAGGUAGAAGAUCAAGCAGGUCUCCAUCAUCAGACAGAGGCUUUGGAGGGGCUUGUUUUAACUGUGGGCAAUCUGGACAUCGUGCAUCUGAAUGUCCCAACAAACGAGGCUUCUAAAAUUUAUAGUUUCGCCAUUCUAUAGGUCACCAUGUUUCUCAGAGAAACUUGAGCUGCCGCCAGUGGGGGCAAAUAGGUUCAGGAAAUUAAAAGAUACUUCGCUGGAAGAAUUACAGAAUUAGCGUUAAUUUGCCGUCAUUGGAACGGGUGUCUCCAUUUUUGGCCUCGGAGUUCAUUCCCUCUCACGCGGGAUUUAAAGUUAUCAUUCGUAUUGUAUUUGUGAUAUUUAGCAAGAACAGCAAUUAUGUACGAUCCCGUGUUUCCUUCCCAAUUAAUAUGUUACUAAUGUGUUAAUCUCGUUAAA